GAAGCUGCAUGUCUAGUUAUUCCGGUUCGGUUAAAUAGGCUAUCCUAUCUGUUACUAGCAGGCGGUGGAAACAUUUCCGUUCUUCAUAUUUAACACCACGCCGUUGCUACACCAGGUUGUAGAAAAGUGCAACUUGAAUGAACCAGAGGUUUCGAGUUAUCUUAACGUACACCAAGACCCAAAAUGAACAACUCGUCGCUUUUUCUGUGUAGGAACGCUACAGUCAUAUCAGAGAGGAAACUAGCCACCAUGUUUUAUAUUCACGCCGUUCUUGCAUUCGGGUUUAUCAUUUUUGGACUGUGUGGGAAUCUACUGGCUUUCAUCGUCUUGUGGCGAGAAAAACAGAAAACAACCACGUCGCUGACACUGCGCGCUCUGGCAGUAUCAGACUCUAUCUAUCUGGUGUGUAGUCUGAUAUUUCUGAGUCUGCCGUCAAUGGAAAAAUACAAUGGUCAAGUUGGGGAUAGUUUUUUAACUGACACAUACCCACAACUGAUGCCCUUUGUCAAACCUAUGCUUUACAUCUCCCAACAAAUUAGCAGCUGGUUGGUCGUGCUAGUGACUCUGGACCGCUUUAUAGUGGUUUGCUAUCCUCUUAAAUCUUUCACUUAUUGCACGCUCAACAAGGCAAAGAAGCAUAUUGCGGCAGUGUACAUUGUCUCCGUUCUUUACAAUAUUCCCCGGUUUUUUGAACUGGACAUCAAGCAGUGCUACAACAUUAAACUUGACAAAUUUGUGCACGAAGUGCACAAUUAUCCAUGGUCAUAUUCAACAGCGUACUGGAUAAUUUAUCAGAUUGUUCUUUACUUUCUCACAAUGUACAUCGUCCCGAUGGUAGUUCUGGGCUUUGUGAACACAAAAUUGAUCAUCAGCCUCCGUGCCGCGAAUCGCCAGCGCGCCCAAAUCACGGGGAAGGAGCACGACGACAAUAUAAGUAUCAUGCUUGUGGUUGUCGUGUUCGUCUUCAUCGCCUGUCAGACGCCGGAUUUUCUUCUGCAGAUAUUUUACUUCAUGACUGUGGUUCUCAGCGAUGCGACAUUUGUCUACGAAUUUAAUUUCUUUGUGUAUUAUUUGAUAACCGCCUUUCUGUUAGUUUUUAAUUGUUCCAUCAACUUCAUUAUAUAUUGUAUUUGUGGAAAGAAGUUUAGAAAAAUGAUGUUUAAGACUAUUCAAUGUCAAAGACAGGGGCAUGGUGACAAAAGCGAGUCUAGUCACUCUCACAUGCGCGACUCUAAAUGCUAAUCGUCACUUGAAAACAAUUCCCGAAUA